GAGAAGGACAAACUCCAGGAGUAGCAGCUGAAAUCUGUGUGACUGUUAAAGAUGGAGUUUAUUAAAGAGGAGAUUGAAGACAUGAGUGAUUCAGAGCCAUCCGGAAUAAAACAUGAAGAUACUGAGGAACAAAUAGACCAGAUGAGAGUGAAAGAGCAAAGACAAGAACUGAAUGAAGCAGAGGAGGAACAUCGUAAAUUUACAGUUCAAAGAACAAAAGCCAAAAAGAUGCACACCUGCACUCAGUGUGGAAGGAAAGUAGACCUUAACACAUACAUGAGAAUUCACACUGGAGAGAAACCGUAUACAUGCACUCAGUGUGGAAAGAGUUUCAGAGAUACAUCAGGUCUCAGUGUUCAUCUGCGCGUUCACUCUGGAGAAAAGCCAUUUAACUGUGAUCAGUGUGAUAAAGAUUUUAUUUCAUCAUCAGGACUAAAAGGUCACCCAGAAGUUCAUUCAGAUGAGAAGCUUUAUGUGUGUUCUCUCUGUGGAAAGAGUUUUUCAUGGCUGAAGAGUUUUAAACUGCAUCAACGAGUUCAUACUGGAGAAAAACCUUACAAGUGCUCAUAUUGUGACAAGAGUUUCACUCAGUCUGGACACUUGAAAACACACGAGCGAGUUCACACUGGACAGAAGCCGUACGACUGUACUCAGUGUGGGAAGAGAUUCUCACAGAAAGGAGACCUUGACAAACACAUGAGAAUUCACACUGGACAGGAACCGUAUACAUGCACUCUGUGUGGAAAGAGUUUUUCAUGGCUGAACAGUUUCAAACGGCACCAGAAAACACACAAUGAAGUGAGAGAUCAUGUGUGUUUUGACUGUUGGAAGAGCUUUAUUACACCUGCUGAUCUGAAACGCCACCAAAGAAUUCAUACUGGAGAAAAACCAUACAAGUGCUCAUAUUGUGACAAGAGUUUCACUCGGUCUGGAAACUUGAAAUCACACGAGCGAGUUCACACUGGAGAGAAGCCGUACGACUGUCCUCAGUGUGGGAAGAGUUUCACCCAAUCAAGUAAUUUAGUGACUCAUAUUAGAAAGCAUUGUUCUGUGUCACACCUAGGUCAGGCGCUUCUGCCGCUGUUUCUGGUUCAAAAGUGGCUUGACCUGGGGAAUGCAGCACCUGUAGCCCAUUUCCUGCACACGCCUGUGCACGGUGGCUCUGGAUGUUUCUACUCCAGACUCAGUCCACUGCUUCCGCAGGUCCCCCAAGCUCUGGAAUCGGUCCUUCUCCACAAUCUUCCUCAGGGGCACUUCACCAGCGGCAGAGGAAAAGUAGCUGUUGAAGGACUCUCGUACAGCUAUGGCCUCUUGGGUGGAGUUGUUGGUGCCUACUCUCCUUACACGUGUAAGUGCAGGGAUGUGAUGUUCUUCCUGUGGGACCAGAGCUUCUACUGUGGUGUUCCACCUCUGGAAAUUAUGAAGGACCACUGUUGCUUUCACAAUAGCAUCCACAUUUGCAGCGUUCACUCCAAACACCCGGUGAAGAUGGAGUUUAUUAAAGAGGAGAUUGAAGACAUGAGUGAUUCAGAGCCAUCCGGAAUAAAACAUGAAGAUACUGAGGAACAAAUAGACCAGGUGAGAGUGAAAGAGCAAAGACAAGAACUGAAUGAAGUGGAGGAGGAACAUCGUAACUUUACAAUUCAAAGAACAAAAGCCAAAAAGACGCACACCUGCACUCAGUGUGGAAAGAGUUUCACACGGAAUGGAAACCUUGUCACACACAUGAGAAUUCACACUGGAGAGAAACCGUAUACAUGCACUCAGUGUGGAAAGAGUUUCAGAGAUACAUCAGGUCUCAGUGUUCAUAUGCGUGUUCACACUGGAGAAAAGCCGUUUAACUGUGAUCAGUGUGGAAAAGAUUUUAUUUCAUCAUCAGGACUAAAACGUCAUCUAGUAGUUCAUUCAGGUGAGAAGCUUUAUGUGUGUUCUCUCUGUGGAAUGAGUUUUUCAUGGCUGAACAGUUUUAAACACCACCAGAAAAGACACAAUGGAGUGAGAGAUUAUGUGUGCUUUGACUGUGGGAAGAGUUUCACCAAAUCAAGUCAUCUGAAACUGCAUCAACGAGUUCAUACUGGAGAAAAACCUUACAAGUGCUCAUAUUGUGACAAGAGUUUCACUCAGUCUGGAAACCUGAAAUUACACGAGCGAGUUCAUACUGGACAGAAGCCGUACGACUGUACUCAGUGUGAGAAGAGUUUCACAAAGAAAGGAGACCUUGACAAUCACAUGAGAAUUCACACUGGACAGGAACCGUAUACAUGCACUCAGUGUGGAAAGAGUUUUUCAUGGCUCAGCAGUUUUAAACGGCACCAGAAAACACACAAUGGAGUGAGAGAUUAUGUGUGCUGUUACUGUUGGAAGAGCUUUAUUACACCUGCUGAUCUGAAACGCCACCAAAGAAUUCAUACUGGAGAAAAACCUUACAAGUGCUCAUAUUGUGACAAGAGUUUCACUCGGUCUGGAAAACUGAAAUUACACAAUCGAGUUCACACUGGAGAGAAGCCGUACGACUGUACUGAGUGUGGGAAGAGUUUCUCACAAUCAAGUAAUUUAGUGACUCAUAUUAGAAAGCAUUGUUCGGUGUCACAGUGAGCAAAUAUUUUGUUAGAUUCACAUAAAGUAAAUGUGUGUAAGCAAUAAGGUACUCGAGGCAAGUGCUGUUUCGUGAAUAAGUAACGGCUGAAGGGCGUUGUUAGGCCUGAUGUGAAGCGGAGUGCCUGCAACCCCUUUAGCCGUUACUUAUUCAAGAUACAGCACUUGCCUCGAGUACCUUAUUGCUAUUAUAAAACGGUUGACACACAAUAUUAAAGUAAAAAAAAAAAAAAAAAAAUUCAAUAAAAACAUUCCUUCCGUUAGAAAAAUAUAGUCCCUGACUGUGAACAACGUUCCAAUGUGUAAUAUGCAGGAAAGCUCAAAUAAAAACAACAAACAUUCUCAAA